CACAUACAAACUUGCACAACGCUAUACACACAAAAUACACAAACUUUUUUCUUUAUUUUCUCUCUCUUCAUUACUUCUUCUAAGGUUCGAAUCUCUCUCUCUGUCUCUCUGUCUCUCUCUCCUCUGUCCCUUUCUUUAAUGGCAAUGUCUCUGCCCACCGGUCGCGAUCUCAACCUCAACUACUACUACUUCUUCUACUGCGAUUUAGCAUUCUCUACCUCUUCCUCUUCUUCCUCCAUGGUGCUCUUGCAUGUUCCUCGUCGUUUCUGAAACCUCACUUUUUUAGCAUACUCUUGCCAAACAAUGGCUCGCAACUGCUUAGCUCACUCGCUGUCUGCUGCUCGAUCGCUCACUGAAUUCGUUUUAAUCACUCUGAUCUUUGUUGCUCUGCCUCUUGUCAGGGCAACCACUGAUGCUUCCGAUGUUCAAGCUCUUCAGGUUAUGUACACCUCGUUAAACAAUCCCAGUCAGCUAACUGGUUGGAAAAGCAGUGGCGGUGAUCCGUGUGGAGAGUCAUGGAAAGGGAUAACGUGUGAGGGUUCAGCUGUUGUUUCCAUAGAUAUUUCGGGGUUAGGACUCAACGGAACGUUGGGAUACUUGCUUUCCAACUUAUUGUCUUUGAGAAAAUUUGAUUUGAGUAACAACAAAAUUCAAGAGACAAUCCCAUAUCAAUUGCCGCCAAACCUUACGAGCCUAAAUCUUGCCAACAACAACUUAACUGGGAAUCUUCCUUAUUCCAUCUCUAGCAUGGUUUAUCUCAAUUAUUUGAAUUUUAGCGGUAAUUCACUCUCUCAGUCAAUUGGGGACAUUUUGGCUAAUCUUGCUGGCCUUGGAACCCUGGAUCUAUCCUUCAACAACUUUUCGGGUGAUCUUCCUAAUUCCUUCAGUUCAAUUUCCAAUCUUUCUUCACUCUAUGUGCAGAACAAUCAGUUGACUGGUACUCUCAAUGUUCUUACAGGCUUGCCUUUGGCUACACUAAACGUUGCUAACAACCACUUCACCGGAUGGAUACCUCGAGAACUUACCUCAAUCCGUACUUUUGUAUAUGAUGGGAAUUCUUUUGACAAUGGUCCUGCUCCUCCACCACCACCGUAUAUCCCACCACCUUCAGGCAGAUCUCGUGGUAGUCGUAAUCAUUCUAAAUCUGGCUCACAUGCACCUGAUUCUGAUCAUGAAGCAUCUCAUUCAGAUGGGGGGUUGACAGUCGGGGCUUUAGCAGGGAUAAUUCUGGGUUCUGUGUUUGUUGGUCUCGCUGUGUUACUUGCUCUUGCCUUCUGCAUUCGGAAGAAUAAAAAGAAAGCCAAAGGUGCAAGAACCCCCAGGGAAAGUUUCUCUGUUGGUUCAAAUAAUGUAGAUACUCAGAUGCAAGAGCAGAGAGUAAAACCCAUGGCUUCAAUAACGGAUCUCAAGCCCCCACCUGCUGAAAAAGUGAUGGGCGAGAGAUUACAGGGGAAAAAUGGAUCUGUAAAGAGAAUAAAAUCGCCGAUUACUGCAACUUCAUACACUGUUGCUUCUCUCCAAACUGCAACUAAUAGCUUUAAUCAGGAAUAUCUUAUUGGUGAAGGUUCACUUGGCCGUGUAUACAGAGCAGAGUUUCCCAAUGGAAAGAUAAUGGCCAUUAAGAAAAUCGAUAAUGCAGCAUUAUCAUUACAGGAGGAAGAUGACUUUCUAGAAGCUGUUUCUAAUAUGUCUCGCUUGAGGCACCCAAACAUUGUCACACUUGUUGGAUAUUGUGCAGAGCAUGGACAGCGUCUUCUGGUGUAUGAGUAUGUAGGAAAUGGAAGCCUGCAUGACAUGCUCCAUUUUGCUGAAGAAGGAAGUAAGACUCUCACUUGGAAUGCACGUGUUAGAGUAGCACUUGGCACUGCUCGAGCUUUAGAGUACUUGCACGAAGUAUGCUUACCUUCUGUUGUACAUAGAAACUUCAAGUCAGCAAACAUUUUACUUGAUGAAGAGCUCAAUCCCCAUUUGUCAGAUUGUGGUUUAGCAGCUCUAAAUCCGAACACAGAACGACAGGUUUCAACUCAAAUGGUUGGUUCAUUUGGAUAUAGUGCUCCUGAAUUUGCCUUGUCAGGAGUAUACACUGUAAAGAGUGAUGUGUACAGCUUUGGGGUGGUGAUGCUGGAGCUGUUGACUGGUCGGAAGCCACUAGACAGUUCAAGGGUCAGAUCCGAGCAAUCACUUGUCAGGUGGGCUACUCCCCAGCUCCAUGAUAUAGAUGCAUUAGCGAAAAUGGUUGAUCCUUCCCUAAAUGGAAUGUAUCCUGCAAAGUCUCUCUCACGCUUCGCCGAUAUUAUUGCCCUUUGUGUUCAGCCGGAACCUGAAUUUCGGCCUCCCAUGUCGGAAGUUGUGCAAGCAUUGGUUCGAUUAAUGCAAAGGGCAAGUGUGGUCAAAAGACGUUCCAGUGAUGAAUCUGGUUUCUCAUACAAGACCCCAGAUCAUGAGGCAAUUGACAUGUCGUUUUAAGUUUCCCAGCAGUUCAAGCUUUGUAUAUGAUAAUGCAGAGGUCAGGGAUGGCUGAAGCACAUACAGAUAAAGAGAAGUCAAUGGUGUAUGACAGUUAGAUAGAAAUUAUAUUUAAUUGCAAUCCAUACUGUUGUCUUUCACAUAUUGAUACUCAAAUGCAAUUGAGGUAUAGUUGGAUCUCUAUUAUUUGUUGUAUCAACCUUCAUUUUGAGUUUUGACGAACAAUUAAGAUGCUUUUGCAUUAUGUAAUAAAGCAUUCUUUUUCAUUCA